AUGCCAAAUGCUUUUCUGUCAGAUCAGAAGGUAUUACGCGAGAUUAUUGGCCCUGCUUUCGACCCAGAUGAGAUGCCGCCUAGCCCUGCGCGUCUCGAUGUCGACGGCUUGAGUGCUUGCGUGGCGGAAGUCUAG